ACGAAGCGGAGGGACGAGGACGCGCCCAACAAUCUCCAUUGCACUCCGCUCCCACCCACUUUUAUGUAAUGGCAUUGGUUUCACCAACUCCCCCGGCGAUCACCGCCGUUCAUCUACGCCGCCGCCGCCGCCUCUCCGGCGAGAAGUUCCGGCGACCUCCCUACGCCUCCGGCGAGCCUCUCCGCGCCCUUACCCGCCUCGGCCCUCUCUUUUGGCCCUGGGAAAAGGUUAAAGUUGGUCCCCAUUAUGUUUCUCCCAUGGGUUUUGGAACGUGGGCAUGGGGAAACAAGCUAUUAUGGGGAUAUCAAGAGGGAAUGGAUGGUGUUCUGCAAGAGACAUUCAAUUUGGCUCUAAGAAAUGGGAUUAAUCUUUUCGACACUGCUGAUUCCUACGGCACUGGAAGAUUGAAUGGCCAGAGCGAAAAGCUUCUUGGGAAAUUCAUUCGUGAAUAUCGAGGACCAAAUAAAACUCGAGAAAAUGUUGUGAUUGCGACAAAAUUUGCUGCAUAUCCUUGGCGGCUGACUCCAGGACAAUUUGUCAGGGCCUGCAAAUCUUCUUUGGACCGCAUGCAACUAGAUCAAAUUGGAAUAGGACAGUUGCAUUGGUCAACAGCUAACUAUGCUCCUCUGCAAGAGAAGGCUCUUUGGGAUGGCUUAGUUGCAAUGUACGAAAAGGUUACUAUACUUUUAGUGCCAAUCAGAUCUAUCAAGCAAAGCCUUGGCCUUGUCCAAGCUGUUGGUGUCAGCAAUUAUGGGCCAAAGCAACUUGCAAAGAUUUAUGAUUACCUGAAGUCUCGAGGUGUGCCACUUUGCUCAGCUCAGGUUCAGUUCUCUCUGUUGAGUAUGGGUGCUGAUCAGAUGGAGCUGAAAUCAGUCUGUGACUCAUUGGGAAUCCGUCUGAUAGCGUAUAGUCCGCUUGGACUGGGAAUGCUCACCGGAAAAUAUUCAGUAUCUAAUCUUCCACGCGGACCACGGGCUCUGUUAUUUCGUCAGAUUCUCCCAGGCCUAGAUCCUUUACUCAAUACACUGCAGGAUAUCGCCCAAAGGAGGGGAAAAACCAUGUCGCAGAUCGCGAUAAACUGGUGCAUUUGCAAGGGCGCGAUUCCUAUACCCGGCGUAAAGACGGUGGAGCAAGCUGAGGAGAACUUGGGUGCGCUUGGCUGGCGGCUGAGCUCGGAUGAGAUUCUCGUGCUGGAAUCGGUGGCAAAGGCUUCUCCAACAAAAAUGAUCCAGAACAUCUUUCAAACCUCAUGAAUCCGGCAGGCUCUUCCAGCAACAGGAGUAUAUUCUUAUUUAUUUUUCUGCUUGCCGAUCGGUUGCUCUGCUGUAAAUCACCCGAAACAGUCCUGCUUCAAAUCUAGCAGCAAGCAUUACUGUGUACAUUUGUCUGACAAAUUUCUUUAGGAAGAAAGUGAGGCUCUAGAGUUUCUAUUA